AUGAGAGCAGUCCGCUUCUACGGAGCUGGAGACAUCCGGGUUGAUCAGAUCGAAGAGCCGGUCUGGAGAAGCAAGUCAAGGUAUAUCCGACCUGCGUUUGUAGGAAUCUGCGGAAGUGAUUUGCAUGAGUACACGUGCGGGCCGCAUCUGGUACCCCUGAUGCCACAUGCGAUCACCGGGGGAAAGCUCCCAACGACCCUGGGCCACGAGUUUAGCGGCAUAGUCGAGGAGGUGGGAGCCGCGGUUGCAGAUGCUGUCGCAGACCUCAAAGUAGGAGAUCGGGUUGCUGUUCGGCCUAACUUGUCCGACGGGAGUUGUCCUCCCUGUUUGCGCGGAACUCCGAACUGUUGUCGUAAUUUAGGUUUUGUGGGCUAUAGUAGCAAUGCAGGGGGCUUGUCGGACCACGUCGUGGUUGACGCCGACCAUGCCAUUCCGCUACCAGACACCAUCCCUUUGGAUAUCGGCGCGCUUGUUGAACCGUUGUCUGUGGCGUGGCACGCAGUAGACCGCAGCCCUCUCGAGGGUGCUCGGACUGUUCUCGUCGUUGGAGGGGAUCCUAUUGGUUUGGCUGUGGUUCAAGUGCUUUUGGCACGAGGAGUCGAGUCUAUCAUCGUCGCGGAAGUCUCGUCGCGACGACGAGAAUUUGCGAGUAAAUUAGGCGCGACUCAUGUCCUUGAUCCUCGGACGCAAGAUGUCGUCUCCAUGGUACAAGCAAUGACCGGGAACGCAGGCGCAGAUGUGGCCUUUGAAUGCUCUGGCGUGCAAGUUGGAUUGGAUACGGCUCUUCGGGGCAUCCGGGUCCGAGGAACGGUCACGAUUGUGUCGCUCUGGGAGGGAAAACCGAUCAUAGACGCCCGCGCCAUUGUGCUAGACGAGAAGCAUGUAAUCGGGGCGGCAAUAUUUGCCGAUGGAAUCUUUCCUGCUGUCAUUGAAGCUAUAAGCUCGGGCAAGCUCAAUCCUCAAUCCAUGAUCACCAGCAAGAUUCGAAUGGAAGACAUUGUCGAAAAAGGAUUUGAAGCCCUGAUCCACGAGAAAGACAAACAUGUUAAGAUCUUAGUUGACAUCUCGGCAUGA